CCAAUACUUGAAUAGCUUUCUAGCGCACCGUCUUACCACUGUGAGGCCCCUCUUUCACCGUGCGUCAUUCAUUGUCUGCUAGCUCGGCAAGCUGAUCAUUGGAGCAAGAGGAGGAGCAUUGGUCCAGAAAGUGCAUUGCCGUGCAGGCAACUGGCCAAUGAUGCCCGGAAGCGGCUAUGAGUCAGGGAUGUUGGGUUGCAGCUCAAUUGCAUCCCGUCUGCUCAUCCAAAUGCAAUGACGGGUCCAGGUCCAGCUAUUGCUGCGGCCACAGCGCAAACGCUGGUGCACCACACCCCCCUCAAUCGUCUCCAAGGCAAGCAGGCGAGCCGCACUGUGCAAGCUGCGUCUCGGACUAUCCGGGUUCGACUAAGGAUGGGUGGCUGAGGUUCCAGGUUUUGAGUUUACGCAUACUGUGCGGCCCCCCCUCUCUGUUGCCAUGCGCUGCUCCUCACCAUUUUGGCUUGCAUUCCCCCUCCUGACCUGCGCGCGCCCCCUCCCCUCCCCCCUCCCGCUAUCAGUUCCUUGGAGACGAGGCGAGGCGCGGCACACAAAAGUUUAGUUGCUCCUCCCACAAAAACGCUAUUUUGGUCGUUGAAAUUCAAUGGCUCUCUUCCUCGCUGCUUUCCAUUGCUUUCCCAUUGCUCUCGUGCUCUUGACGCCUUCUGUCGCCACGUUCGGCACUGCAGCAAAUCGAUUCCACAGUGGGUCGAGUGACUAGCUUCCCCAGAUUUUAAACCCCAGAAAUCGCUGAGGGAUGGGUACUGGGACAUGCGCUAGCCCAAAAAUAGCCCCGUUUCUGCCUGCAGGUCGAUGUACCCGUACAAAGUCACGCGAUCGAGCCUGCCUGUUGCUCCUCCUAAUCAGAACAGUGCGCAAGUAUGUUUGCCAGCCCGUCUCUCAUGCCAGGGCAACAAGCUUCCGCAUCGGCGGCGCAAGCGCUGGAACCUACCCCGCCCCGAAGCUGUUGUAAGCCUGAGGGUGCAACAUUGGCAGCUGGCCACCAGCUGGUCUUCCCUCUCAUAAGAACCAAGCUUCCCCUCUUCUCCCCUCUCGCCCCCUCUUCUUCCUCUGCUUCCCACAUCAUCAUUUGAACCCAAUUUACUCUCAGCAUCCAACAUCUUGCCUGUUGCAUCAGUUUGCACACGCAUCAACCAGAACGAAUACUGUAUUUGAAGUCUUGUACUUGAAAUUCACACAUAAACCCACCCCCAGUCCCAACCAUGGAACCACUUCAGAAGGUCGACUCCGCCGUCCAAGGCUUGUCGUCAUCCCCCCCUAAGGAGAAGGUCAGAAGACAAAGCUCCGCAGCUGCCGCUGGUGUCAUGAACAUCAACGAUCUCGAGCGUGAUGGCGUUGAGAUUGAAAUCGCCAUUGAAACACAAAAGACAGGGUGGAAAAUUAACAAGAGCCCGAACUCAGUCGAGGACCCUGCUGUCCUCAAGGUCCUGCUGACAAAACCUCCGGUCAAGAAGAUUGACUUGCACUUCCCGUUAGGAAUGGAAGUAACAGCAAGAAACCUCAAGGGUGUCACGAUUAAGGACGCCAUGGAUGCCAUCUACAAGGCUUACAAGAAGCGCUCGGACGAUGAGCUUGACAAGCCCUACCUCGCUGGUUUCGAGUGGGACAAGGAGGAGUGCUGGACACGGUUCAUUGUCCACCUGCAGAAGGAGCCUGGCACGACAAUGGCGGCCGGCGGCGGUGGCAAGAAGAAGAAGAAGGCCAAGGACGAAGAGUAAAUGCCUUACCGGCAACCGCCUCAUCUGUUCCAAUAGUUCCUUCAAAUGUGUUUGUUUGGCUUCGCUGAGUUCUUGCGAGUCGGCGCUUGGGAUAUUGCGAUUAAGAUACUCUUUGGCCGGGUUUGCUCAGCGAUUGCGUUGUAUUAGCGUAUCGCGAUUAUUCUGUAUCUUUGUUACGACAGAUUCAAUGAUAUAUGACGGAGAGGGAUUCAGUAUGGCUGUGCCAUGACUGCUAAUUCAUAAGAUUCCGCUUCAACUCU